CGGCUUAUGAUUCAUUCUCUCUAGUGUCCAGGCAGCACAUAGGCGUGAGCAGCUGUCUGACAGGGAGCGUUAAACUGUAGUCGCUGAUAGCCGUUUAUUAAACAUCGUAUGGUCUCUGUCAAUUACCCAGAAUGCCCUGCUUGUUGCCGUCUGACGAAGGAGUGACUGUGUAGAAAAGAAUCAGCUAGCUGCCUUUGACACCUAUCAGGCUGUCGUUACUAUGCAUUUGUAUUGUAUGAAAUAAGAAAAAAAGAGGGAAAGAAAAUAUCUGGGGAAACCGAAAUCUGUUGUUGUUGACACACCGAGCGAUGCCUCUCUUCACAACCAACCCCUUUGACCAAGAUGUUGAGAAAGCAACCAGUGAGAUGAACACUGCUGAGGACUGGGGCCUCAUUCUGGACAUAUGUGACAAGAUAGGGCAGUCACGCACUGGGCCCAAAGAAUGUCUCCGCUCUAUAAUGAGAAGAGUGAACCACAAGGACCCUCAUGUAGCCAUGCAGGCGCUGACUCUUCUCGGUGCUUGUGUCUCAAACUGUGGGAAAAUAUUCCACUUGGAAGUGUGCUCCAGAGAGUUUGCCAGUGAAGUCAGUAAUGUUUUAAACAAGGGCCACCCCAAAGUCUGUGAGAAGCUGAAGGCCCUGAUGGUGGAGUGGGCGGAAGACUUCCGCAAUGAUCCGCAGCUCAGUCUGAUCUCUGCAAUGAUCAAGAAUUUACGGGAGCAGGGCGUCACAUUCCCAGCUGUGGGCUCCCAGGCUGCUGAGCAAGCAAAAGCAAGCCCAGCACUAGUGGCAAAGGAUCCCUCCACCUCAACAAACAAAAAAGAAGAGGAAGAUUUGGCCAAAGCUAUCGAGUUGUCACUGAAGGAGCAGCGUCAGCAGCCGCAGACUUCAAUGUCAAGUCUUUACCCAAACACCUCCAGCCUGCUCUCCUCACACAAGUCUGAUGGCAGAAAAGUCCGUGCCAUCUAUGAUUUUGAGGCUGCAGAGGAUAAUGAGCUCACCUUUAAGUCAGGAGAAAUCAUCACUAUCCUGGAUGAUAGUGACCCCAACUGGUGGAAAGGGGAAACAUACCAGGGGGUGGGACUGUUUCCCUCCAACUUUGUCACUGCUGAUCUCACUGCAGAGCCUGAGAUGAUGAAGACUGAGAAGAAGACAGUACAGUUCAGUGAGGACAUUCAGGUAGAGACCAUAGAGCCCGAACAGGAGCCAGUAUACAUAGAUGAGGACAAAAUGGACCAGCUACUGCAAAUGAUUCAAAGUGCAGAUCCAACAGACAACCAGUCUGACAGCGUUGAAUUACUACAGCUUGAAGGUGCCUGCAAUCAAAUGGGGCCCCUCAUCGACCAGAAGUUGGAGGAUAUUGACAGGAAGCACUCAGAGCUGUCGGAGCUGAACGUGAAGGUGAUGGAGGCGCUGUCUUUAUAUGCCAAGCUGAUGAAUGAAGAUCCAGUCUAUGCCAUGUAUGCCAAGCUGCAGAGCCAACAGUAUUAUAUGCAGCAGCCUGCCAGCGCAGCACAGCAGGUCUACCCUGGCCAGCCUGCAUCAGGUUCGUAUGCCAUGAGCAGCGCUGGGGUGCAAGGCUAUACUGUUCCUAUGGAGCAGCUUCCUCCCGGAACUCCCAUUCCUGGUCAGCCAGCUCCCAGUGACAUUCAUAUGUACAUGGGCCAGCCGCCAGUGUACACUGCAGCUCCAGGCAGCAUGGCUCCAGCAGAUGUUCAGUCCUACCAGAAUCCAGCCAGCAACCCUGGCCCAGCACCAUGCACGACUCCUGCAGGCAUGACACAGACACCAAACUACAGCACUGCCUCUGGCGCAAGCAUAGCACCUUCCUCAGAUAUCCCACAGGCCCCUUUCUCAGAGAAAGCCUUGUUAUAGGGCCUUGAGAGCUCACUGAUGUCCUCACAGGCGCGCGCACACACACACACACACACACACACACACACACACACACACACACACACACACACACAAAAACACCAGACCUGAUCAAAUAGUUAUAGUGGAAAAUUAGUUUUUGUCAUAAGGCACCAGCUGAAUGGGGGGAAAAAAGGCAAACAGAGUAGACUAACAUUGACAUUUUGUGUUAUGUUUAGCAGAUAUACAACCAAAGCUGCAGUGCAGAACUUUUAUCUCUUCCUUCUGGCAGUCAGAGUAAUGCCACAAAAAUAUUAUUUGAUUUUUACCGGAAACUAUUAACCUGUUAUUUGAUGAUUACUCCUGAUCCAUGCUGCUCUCAAGUGACUGCAUAUAGUUUUGGCAGACUUUUGACUUGCUAAUUUUACAUGGUGGAGUUUACACUGGAUUUUUUUUUUUUUUUUUGAAGGAGUUGGACAGUGUUCAUUGUUGUCGACUUCCCAUGUUUCUCUUGUUUGUACAGUAGCAUCGAAUGCUACACACACACUACCAAUCUGAUGUGAAGUAGAUAUGACACUUUAUUCUUCUGUUUUUGUUGUUUUAAUUUUGUUGGUUAUUCAAUUUUUGGCUUGCAAACAGUUUUUAGGUGCAUUACCAUCACCUUCUGGUGGUAAUAACACUACAUCCUACCAGGUGCUAGUAAAAUAAGGGAGCAAUGUAUUUUAAAACAAAUAUAGCUGGCUAAACUUUGAUUUUUUUUUUUUUUUUUUAAACAAUUAUUCAGACAGUCAAAAAUGGCCUAAAGGACCACCUCUUUGUUAUUUAGACUGUAGUCCCUCAUCUGACUGCUUUCCUUUUUUAUAUGUUGAGCAUUAGAAAUUUUUCAGUCCUUGUCAGAUUUCUCUGCCAUGCUCCUAGUUGAUGUAGCCAACUCAGUCUCAGUCUCCACCCCAAUUCGGCUCUGGCAGUUUCACCACGCACAUUGGAUUUAAAAGUUCAGUAAACUGCAAAAUUUAGAGAUUUAAACAGGUGCUAAUAGCCUCGAAUAUAGCAGACACUCAUUCUUGUGCAAAAGCCCUGCACUCCAGCUUUAAAUACACAGUUACGCUUCUCUUAGCCAGUGAAGUCACAAUCAUAAGGUUUUUAUUUUAAGAGCUCACGCUAUGUGACACACAGCCACAGAAUGGACACUGUUCUGUUUAUUAUUGAUUUUUUUCACACAUUUUUAUGAUUGUCCUCACUGUUUAUAGCUGAUGUGAAGGUAUGGAGCAGCUUUCAGUUUCACUUGUUCAGAAUUUGGCCAUCUUUCAAGCUCAGUCACUUCUAAACUAGAUUUGAUGGCAAAAUGUACAUCAUCACAUUGAUUGCUUCCUUUUUGUUGCAAGACUUCACAACAGUUAUGGCACAGAAAACCUCCUAGGAAAAUAUGCAUAAUUUGGCACUAAAGAAAUUCUUUUAGUUAAAUUUUGGAUAAAUUUGUAUGCAGAGUUGUUUGUUCUAGUCAUUAAAUAUUAGAUUCUCUGUUCUGGUAUUAAUGGAAUAUCUUGAAGUUUGUAGACAUUUGGAUCGACCGUCUACUGACUUCAGUUUUUAGGUAAUAUUAGCAUUGUAUCAACAGUUGUAUCUGUAGUAUGUAAUUAUCACCAAAUUUAAUAUUUCUUACUCAGCAACUUAAAAAUAAUGAUGAUAAAUAUCAGUUUGCCACGUCCAGCUAGCCAUGUAAUAAAUAUGCAAUUACUAUUUGAUCAAGUGUGAAAUAUACACACACCUUCACACCGUCCUCAGUACAAACACUGAGGCUACACACACGAUGCACACUACAGGCUGGCAUACAGCUAUGAAUGCACAUACAGACACAGCUGCACUACUUGGUUCACGCAUACUGUAGUAGUGCGUUAUAAUUUACCUUCAUUCACACACUAACAGAGAAAAUAACAAUAUCCCACAGCUGUCUCAUUCACUUAAACCAACUGUAGUUCUAGUCAUGUCUCAAAGAGGGGUGUCAAUAUUCUUUUCAUUUUUUUUUUUUUUAAUAAAAGGACUUUUAGCUCU